AUGCCUCUUACUGACAGUUUUGAAGCACAUAUUGAAUCUAGUGACGAGGAGUCAGUUGGAGAAGCUAUCCCUUUUCACAGCAAGGAGGACGAGGAAGCAAAACCCAGCAAGGAUGAUGAGAAAAAUAAUGAAGACGAUGAAAGCGACGAGGACGAAGAGGGUGAUGAGGACGUAUACGUCGUAGAGCGAGUUGUAGGGCAUAGCUUUGACAAAAAGGGAAAGCUUCAAUUUGAAGUAAAAUGGAAAGGAUAUGAUGACCCUGCUGAUAUGACUGUAGAGCCGGAGGAGAACUUACUUGACGGAGCGCAAGAGGUCCUUGAAGAAUACUUCAAGAAGAUUGGUGGACGGCCUGAGAAACCUACAAAGAAACGGAAAUCGCUAGCAGAUAAAGCAUCGUCUACACCAGACAAACCAACAAAGAAAGGCAGGAAGCCUAAUUCUGCCAAGGUCGAAACACCGGACCAGGAGGCAUCACCUGAAGAUGCGGACUGGACACCUCCUACAGGCGAUUGGGAUAAUGAACUGAGCUAUGUCAGCACAAUCUUACGCGACCCCGAUGGUGAUGGGCUUGUUGUCUAUUUAGAAUGGAAGAACGGGAGGAAAUCGAGGGCUUCAUUGAAAACUUGCUACGAACGCUGUCCCCAGAAGAUGCUUCAAUUCUAUGAACAACACUUGGUUUUUAAAGAGGUAUGA